UUGAUCAACUGUCUAUACAUACACAAUCACACACCUAAUCACCUUUCAUCUAUAUUAAUCCAUCUCCUUCCCUCUCUCUUUUCUUCAAUCUCAAAUGGAUCGUCUCAAGCUUUCUCUCUCCGUCUUCGCUCUCCUUUUCAUCGUCGUCUCCGCUUCCUCUGACGGCAACGAAGGCGAUGAUCUCGUGAUCAAGCAAGUGGUUGACGGAGGAGCCGAGCCCAAUGUCCAAUCCUCCGAGGAUCACUUCUCUCUGUUCAAGAAGAAGUUCGGCAAGGUCUACGCUUCCCGCGAGGAGCACGACUACAGAUUCUCCGGUUUCAAAUCCAAUCUCAGGCGAGCGAGGCGUCACCAGAAGCUGGAUCCCUCUGCUCGUCACGGCGUUACGCAGUUCUCGGAUCUGACUCGGUCUGAGUUCAAGAGGAAGCAUCUCGGGGUCAAAGGCGGGUUUAAGCUCCCCAAGGACGCCAACAAGGCUCCGAUCCUCCCUACCGAGAAUCUCCCGGAGGAGUUCGAUUGGAGAGAGCGCGGCGCAGUUACUCCCGUCAAAAAUCAGGGAUCGUGCGGCUCUUGUUGGAGUUUCAGCGCCACCGGAGCUCUUGAAGGUGCUAACUUCCUCGCUACGGGCAAACUCGUUAGCCUUAGCGAACAACAGCUCGUUGACUGUGAUCACGAGUGUGAUCCGGAAGAAGCAGGUUCAUGCGACUCUGGUUGCAACGGUGGCCUCAUGAACAGCGCUUUUGAAUACACGCUCAAAACCGGAGGGCUCAUGAGAGAGGAAGACUAUCCUUACACCGGAAAGGACGGGGCCACUUGCAAGCUGGACAAGUCCAAGAUCGUCGCAUCCGUUUCCAACUUCAGUGUCAUCUCCAUUGACGAAGAGCAGAUCGCUGCGAACCUGGUCAAGAACGGACCUCUUGCGGUAGCCAUCAACGCCGCAUAUAUGCAGACUUACAUUGGAGGAGUCUCGUGCCCUUACAUAUGCAUGAGGAGGCUCAACCAUGGUGUCUUGUUGGUUGGUUAUGGAUCUGCUGGUUACGCUCCUGCUAGGUUCAAGGAGAAGCCUUACUGGAUUAUUAAGAACUCGUGGGGAGAGACUUGGGGUGAGGAUGGUUUUUACAAAAUCUGCAGAGGCCGUAACGUUUGUGGCGUUGACAGUCUUGUCUCGACCGUUACAGCCACCGUGUCACCCGCCGCCCAUUAGUUAAACCAGCUCUUGUUUUAAUAAAUUAACUUAACGCUGGUGAUUUGUGUGAGCGAGGACUCUUUGCUUUUGACUCCCUAUUUCCCUCUGCUUUUUAUUAAAGGAAGAUGAAGUUUGUAUUGUAAAUAAAAAAUGCAUUUUCUCGAUCA